UGAAGGAGGAUUAAUUUGGUUUAUAACUUGACAUAUCGACUUUAUUUUAGUCGUACAAGAAACUAAUAGAAGUGAAGAAUAAAAGUCGCUUUAAUCAGAACUUUUAUAAAAUGAGUAUAUAACGUUGAAUUGUCGUACAAACAAACAGCAUCUGAUGUUUCUUUAAAUAUUGAAAUAUUAUUAAACUGUUUCGUUUUGACUAGAUUCUUGCUGAAAACGCCUUAAUCUGAUCAGCAACAACGUCGAUCUGGUUAGCGGUAAACAAACAUUGAGUUGGGCUUGUCUUGGGAUAUGGUCAUUUACAAGGUCGUUCGCUUCGGUUGCAGGGAAAAGAGUAAUAUAAGCAUGCUAGUUCGCGUCUUGUUUCGAGGGCCGGAAAUAUUGUACGGCACCCACUGCUGGGGAGCCCUGCUCACCAAGACCGCAAGCCGACCUUUGUUUCAGUUAAGUCGGAGUAUAUCGAGUCACCCAAUCAGUCGCUUCCCGGUGCCUGAACGCUCCAAGCUCCCAGAAGAUAUUCAGGAGCAGAUGGACGAAGUCGAAGAGAAGUCAGGUUUCCUCCCAAAUGUGUUCAAGGCGCUGGCCUACAGACCAGAUGAGUUCAGAGCAUUCUUCAGUUACUAUGAUGCAGUCAUGAACAGAGAAGGUUCAAAGUUAAGUAAAGCAGACAAAGAGAUGAUCAUAGUGGCUACCAGUGCUGCCAAUAACUGUCUGUACUGUGUGGUAGCACAUGGGGCACUGCACAGAAUAUACUCCAAGAAUCCUAUACAGUCAGAUCAGGUGGCUGUAAAUUGGAGAUGCUCGGACAUUGAUGACAGACAGAAGGCCAUUUUGGAGUUUGCAAUUGACGUUUGCCAAGCUCGACCAAUCACAGAGCAGCACUUUGAGGAAUUAGCCAAUCAUGGACUGUCUAAGGAAGAUGCUUGGGAUAUUGGUUCAAUUGCUGCUUUGUUUGCUUUGUCUAACAGAAUGGCCCAUGUGACUGCAAUGAGACCCAAUGAUGAGUUUUACCUGAUGGGAAGAGUAAAGAAAGAGAAGUCAAAGUAAAGUUAUGCUACUCUUCAAGGCAUUAAAAUUUUAAGAAGUUUUUCAAUAACUUUAUUUUCAUAUUGUUAUU